UACGAGAAUACGAGAAUUUAGUGAAUAUUAAUUAUGUAAAAUGUCUCAAUUCCUGAGGCAUACGUGUAUAAUUGUCACAACUUUCCUCCGGGUGCUCUUGUGAAAUUCUAAGGUUUUUCAGUUGAAUCAAAUAGCAUUUUGAGCACAAAGUUGUGAUGUCUCAGGCAUGAAAUGCGGGCGAGAAAAGUAAGCGGCACCGUCUAUACGCCAACUGACAAUGUCAAAAAUAGAUGGGGCUACAAUAUUUCCUAAAUAUUCGAAGCUCCUUUUACUAUAUUAAUGGAUUGGCUUCCGUUCCUUCCUUGCCUCACCUUCGAUUCCAUCUCCGCAUCUAAAAGCAUCCCCAACCAACUACAAUCCGACGACCUCCAGAAACUCGCGCACCCUUUAAUCCCCAAACUCCAAACCUACCAUGGGAGGCUGUGCGAGCAAACCUAAGGAGUUCGACGGCCCUGCCGACGCUCCUAUAAGCUCUGACACCACUGCUCAGAGCAACACUAACGGAGGUGAGAGUCAGAUUAAGAAACCUGCGGUAGAUGGUUCUGAACCGGAAAAGGAGGCUCAAACGGCUGUUUCUGCAGAAACAGACGCUGGUAAGAGCGUGAAACCAGCGGAGGAUGACGCUAAAGCCGACGACAAGAAUGCUGAAGAUAAGGUGGAGGCUACCCCAAAACAGGAGGCUGAGCAUAAAUCAAAUGAUGCCCCAAGCAAGGAAGAAGUUAAAAGUGAGGCCCCUCUUGCCUCGCUUUGAUCAUGGAUCAACAAUUCAAGCCUAGAGGGUUUGAUCACGUUUCCAUAAUUUGAGAGGCUUGAAUUUUAUGUUAUAGUAAUAUUUAUCACUUUGAUCAGAUCAGCUUUAUAUUUAUUUGUGGUAAUUAAUAAAUAGCAUUACCUGGUAAUUAAUAAAUUAUUAUAUCCCUAUUAGAACCAUUUUCUUAUAAA